CUGGUUGGGCGAUCUCCAGGUCAACAUCGAUGUCGCGGUCUUCCGCAUAAUUGGGGCGGGGAGCGGCAUUGCGACCUCUGGAGCGAGUCCCAUACGGUGCCGGGGUGGUGGACGCGCUGGGAGGUUCCGUCGCGGCGACGUCUGAAGCAGACGCGCUGGCAGCCAUGGGUUGAGAUGUGAGGUCGUUCCCGGUGGCGGCACUUUGGGGGGUGGGCGCCUCUACCGACCCCGUUCGGGAAGUCUGGCCAGGGGUGGGCAUUCGACGGGAUGUGCCAGAUGGCGAUGAUGAGUUGGGUUUCCCGGGAUUGAGAGGGGACUUUUGGGAUGGUGACCUGUCCGGGGCCAUGGCCAACCCGCUAAAGGAAUUCCCAAAAUAGUCUCAGAUAAGAGGGGACGUAAUACCAAGAGAAAAGUGUAGUGUUGUUGGGGGAAGAGUUAGAGAGAAAAGAGUGGGCGAUGCACCUCCGGCGUGGUUGGUUUGCGUUUGGAUGUCCACAGGAUAGAAAGAGUAAAGGGAACACCAAACUGGAUGGGGACGACGCGGAGAUGCAAAGCUCAGCAACGGGCCGGGACGGAGAGACGAUCCCUCAUGAGAAAUGGGGAACUCUGCAGCCGGGUGGAAGGGAGAGAGAAAGAAAAAGAAAAAGGGAACACGAAAAGAAAGAGAAGAGGAAAAAGGGAAAAUGGAUCAGGCCUCGCGCUGCAAAUAUUUGCCCGAAGCAACUGGGGAACCGUCAAUCGAUGGUACCCGCCAAAACCCAGAAAAGCGUAAUGUAAUGGAGAAGUGGCAGCAGCUUGCUUGUCGGGAUUGAUUCCCUCAGUUCUUCCCGCAAGGGCGCCGAAAGGGUCAAGAUUGGUGGGUGUUAAAAUGGGCAAAAAUUGGGACACGCCCACAGGGUGCGGAAUAUCAAGAUCGACAGGCUUCCGGAAAGUGAUAAGAACAACACCAACCCGAAUGGGGCGGAAGGAUUACAAAAGAACAACAAGAAGCAGGAAGAAAGCAGACCGGCGGGGGGGAGGGACUACCGAACUGCAUGAACGACGAGGCGAAAAGGAGAAGAGGGAAGAAAGAAUGUAGGAGGGAAGAGGGAAAAAGAGGAAGAGAGAAAAGGUAAAGCAAGAGUGAAAGGUGAGAGUGAGUGAGUGAGUGAGGGAGGGAAGAAAGAAGGGAAAGGGUCGCUGGAAACGUCGGAGUAGUAAAAUGAAGGUUAGCGGCGGUGGAAGCCAAACAAGCAGUAGAGCCACUUAGGGCGUUGGGAGACUCGUGGGGUGAGCACAGAAUAAGAUCAGUACUUGCACCAGCAGCCAGUCAGAUCUCUCC